GCGGGAGGCUCCGGGCCGUCCGGCCUGCUCUCUCCACCGGGUGCCGAGACGCCGAGCCGCGCCCCGAGAGCAGGCUCGGCGCUUCCACCCCAGAGCUGCCUUCCCCUGGCGGUGGUGAAAGAGACUCGGGAGUCGCAGCUUGCAAAGUGCCCGCGGUGAGUUGAGCUCUCGCCCCAGUCAGCCAAAUGCUCCUCUUCGGGCUUCUCCUGCUGACAUCUGCCCUGGCCGGCCAGAGACACGGGACUCAGGCUGAGUCCAACCUGAGUAGUAAAUUCCAGUUGUCCAGCAACAAGGAGCAGAACGGAGUACAAAAUCCUCAGCAUGAAAGAAUUAUCACUGUGUCUACUAAUGGAAGUAUUCACAGUCCACGGUUUCCUCAUACUUAUCCAAGAAAUAUGGUCCUGGUAUGGAGAUUAGUAGCAGUAGAAGAAAAUGUAUGGAUUCAACUUACAUUUGAUGAAAGAUUUGGGCUUGAAGACCCAGAAGAUGACAUAUGCAAGUAUGACUUUGUAGAAGUGGAGGAACCCAGUGACGGAACUGUAUUAGGGCGCUGGUGUGGUUCUGGUGGCGUGCCAGGAAGACAGAUUUCUAAAGGAAAUCAAAUCAGAAUCAGAUUUGUGUCUGAUGAAUAUUUUCCUUCUGAACCGGGGUUCUGCAUUCACUACAGUGUUGUCACACCACAAUUCACAGAAGCUGUGAGUCCUUCAGUGUUACCCCCAUCUGCUUUGCCACUGGAUCUACUGAAUAAUGCUGUCACUGCCUUUAGUACAUUGGAAGAUCUUAUUCGGUACCUGGAACCAGACAGAUGGCAGUUGGACUUAGAAGAUCUAUAUAGGCCAACUUGGCAACUCCUUGGCAAAGCUUUUGUAUUUGGAAGAAAGUCCAGAGGGUUGGAUCUGAACCUACUUAAAGAGGAGGUGAGAUUAUACAGCUGCACACCUCGGAACUUCUCGGUGUCCAUACGGGAAGAACUAAAAAGAACCGAUACCAUAUUCUGGCCAGGUUGUCUCCUGGUAAAACGCUGUGGUGGAAAUUGUGCCUGUUGUCUCCACAAUUGUAAUGAAUGUCAAUGUGUCCCAAGCAAAGUUACGAAAAAAUAUCAUGAGGUCCUUCAGUUGAGACCAAAGAUUGGAGUCAGAGGAUUGCAUAAAUCUCUCACUGAUGUGGCUCUGGAGCACCAUGAGGAGUGUGACUGUGUGUGCAGAGGAAACACCGGUGGAUAACCGCAUCGCCACGGCAGCCACCUGCCCAAGACAUGCAGCGCAACUGGCUGAUUCUUUCUAGAACUCAUACAUUAUCUCCAUCCAUAAUCUCAGUUUGCUUCAGGGACCUUUCAUCUUCAGGAUUUACAGUGUGUUCUAAAAGAAGAGACACCAAAUGGAAUUAGGAGUUGUGCAACAGCUCUUUUGAGAGGAAGUCCAAUGACAGGAGAGAAGGUCUUCCGUCGUGGAAAAAAAACUUAAAUGUUGUAGAUCACUAGCUAGUUCCCGAGUUACUGUGUACUUACUCAGCUAGCUGUGUUCUAUAUUUCAGUUGUCUUGAGAAGGCUUGGGUUAAUGUCAGUACAGGAAAAACUGUGCAAAUGAGCACCUAAUUCUGUUGCCUUGCUUAUUAACUCUAAAGCUCCAUGUUCUGGGCCUAAAAUCAGAGAAAUCUGGAAUUUGUUUUCUUAUAAUCACAUAUAUAAACCAGAGUGUUCUAUGUCCUACAGACUUGGUUUUUAAAAAGGAACUGUGUUGCCAUGAAUUAAACUUAAGUCAUGCUGAAAGGAAGGACUGGAUUUUUCGUAAUUCUUACUAAGAUUUCUACCAUCUAGAAGAAGAGAACUGCAUUCAUGGUUUGGAAGAGACGAACCAGAAGAGUGGCCUUAUCUUCACUUUAUAAGUUGGUUUAUUUGUUUUAUUGUGUACAUUUUUAUAUUCUCCUUUUGACAUUAUAACUGUUUUGCUUUUCUAAUCUUGUUAAAUAUAUCUAUUUUUACCAAAGGUAUUUAAUAUUCUUUUUUAUGAAAACCUAGAGCAAUUAUUUUUAGCUUGGUAAAAUCUUUAAACAGAAUUGUUAUUGCCGGAGGAACAAAAAUGAUAUAAAAAAUUGUUGCUCUGACAAAAAUACAUGCAUUUCAUCCUCAUGUGGUGCUAGAGUUUAGAGAAAUCUGCCUUUGAAAGUAGUAAAAGGGAAACCAAGAAAAUUUGCAAAGUUGCAAAGACAUUUUGAAACAAAAUAAUCAGAACUCCCACUCCUAGUAUUGGAGAUGCAAAUAAAGGGCAGGCAAGGAGAGUAGAUAUUCCUAUACAGUCAUUACUAACGUGUAACUCUUCUUUUGAGAAAUGUAAGUGAAGCUCAGAAGAACAUGAGGCACCUUGAAAAAAAAAUAAAAGAGACUUUGCAGCUUUCUGACAAAGCCUGCUCACUCUCCUGUAGGAACACAUCCUAUUUAUUGUGAUGUUCUGGUUUUAUUCUCUUUAAACUCUGAUCCCUACAUGUGUAUAAAUUCAUGGAUAUUUUUAUGUACAGAAGUAUAUCCUUUAACCAGUUCACUUACUCUACUCUUUGGCUAUUGAAAAGAAAAAUCAGUAAACUAUUUUGCUUGUAAAAUGCUUAAUAUUGUGUGUAGGUUUUGUGGUGACUAUCUGAAUUGAAAAUGUAUUGAAUCACCAAAUAAAAGAACACAGAU